AUGGAUCAAAAGUCUAAUACUCUUAGACUUGCCAGAGCAGACCUUCUAGGUUUUUUUUGCUCUGCUACAUUCAAUACCACUAAUUUGCCUCCCGAAAUCUUUGAGCUUUCCCCAACCUACAAGAACCUCACCAUUUUCUAUCAAUGCGACCCUCGUCUUCAUUACCUUUCGAGUUAUACAUGUCCCGGGAGAGGUCUUGUCUCAGCGUACCUAAGCCCUAAUUAUUAUCGUUCCUGCCAAGGAAGUUUCAAUAUGACCGUUCCUACCAGAUUCAUUCCGGAAGAGAAAGAGUUGGAUGUGGCUCGUUUGGAAAUUGUUCUAAGAGAAGGAAUUGAGGUGAAGGUGAAGAUUGAUGAGUUACCGUGUGAAGAAUGUUCAUCAUCUGAUUAUGAGCAUUACAUUCGCUGUAGUCAACCGUUUAGAUGCGGUGAUCAGGGCGGUCUCUUGUACCCUUUUUGGAUACCUGGCAGAGAAGACUGCGGCCACCCCGAGUUCAAGCUCAAAUGCAACGCAAGUUUCGCGGAGUUCAGCAUCGCCUCUGUGAAGUUCAGAAUCUUAGAGGCGAACUAUGACUCUCGUAUUGUAAGACUUGCCGGAUCGGAUUAUGUCAACAAUAUUUGUCUCCGUAACCAACUCAAUGUGCAAUUCAUCCAAAGUGUCCUUCUGUUCACUCCUGACACGGAGCUGCUAACCAUUUAUUACCACUGCCAAGACGUCAACAGUUUUCUGGAUGCUCUUAAAGUAAGAGAGUUUUUUUGUAAGGAUGAUAGCAAAACUUUCAAAAACUACUAUGUGACGAGAAACAACUCGUCCCCUUUACUCGACGGGGAUAAUGGCUUGAGGGGAAGUUGCACAAGAGAAGUCAGUAUACCUGUGUCAGGAUCAGCGUUGAACAGACUGAGUGAAGAUAAUCUAACGAAGAUUCUUGAACAAGGUUUCAAGCUUGGACUUAAUCAGGAAUGUUCAACGUGCAUAGAGUCUAAGGGUGCUUGUGGAUAUAAUCAGACUUCAAAAGGAUUCGUCUGCUAUUGUGACGAUGGGACCCGUGGCGUUAAUUGUGGCUCUAGAAAGAGAAGUCAUGGGACUUUGGUGAAAGCAGUUCGCAUAGUAGCUGGCGUUAUUUUGUCUGUGGCCUUAAUAUCAUUGUUUCUCCUUUUUCUCCGGAAGAGAGAAACACGCCUAAAACAGCAGAACCUGAAGGCCCUCAUUCCACUCAAACACUAUACUUAUGCACAGGUGAAAAGAAUUACAAAGUCGUUUGCGGAAGUGGUUGGGAAAGGCGGAUUUGGCAUUGUUUAUAGAGGUACCCUUUCUGAUGGUCGUAUGGUUGCGGUGAAGGUUUUGAAAGACUCAAAGGGUAAUGGUGAAGACUUCAUUAAUGAAGUUGCAAGCAUGAGCCAAACUUCUCAUCUCAACAUUGUCUCCUUGCUUGGUUUCUGGUCCGAAGGUUCCAAAAGAGCAAUUAUAUAUGAAUUUUUGGGAAAUGGUUCUCUUCAUAAGUUCAUCUCAGGCAAGAACACGAUGAAUAUGGAUUGGACGACUCUAUAUAAUAUUGCGCUAGGAGUUGCUCGUGGUCUAGA